UGCCCAGAGUCACACAGCUAGUAAAUUUCUGAAGCUGCGUUUGAAUUCAUGAAGAUGAAUCUUCCUGGUUCAUGCACCAGAUCUGAGAUCAGUUCCCAGAAACUAGCUGUGUGACCCUGGGCAAAUUACUUAAUACCUAUUGCCUUCCCAAAAAAGUGGGAGGAAAAGAAAGUUAAUGGUCUUUAAUUCAUUAAGAAAAUCAUUGCUAAUAAGCUGGCUCCAUCUGGAAGCCAUUGCUGAUUCAUAUAUUGCUAUUUUUGAUGUGCUUUUUGAUAAACGUUUAAUUCUCUCUGUCUUGAGUUUUACCUGAAAAAUCAGGAUGAAAGCCUGAAGGAUUUUCUUUUCAACAGUUCUUUGCCCAGAAUGUUCUCAUUUGGAACUAUCUCAGAAGUUGCAAGCUUAGUUUCCAAGACUUCCUAUCUCUUGGGGUUUCUUUGGGGUUAGGGGGUUGCUGAUUGGUUUUGCUGAUUAGAGUUCUCAGAUCCAUGGAGACUUAAGUGUCCAGAAGCCACCAAGACACAAGUCAAGCAGCAGAUGUGAAUGAACAGCAUAUAGUAUCUGUGGCACCAGAAGCUGUAGCAUGUGCAGCUGCCACAUCUCAGUGACCCACCUCAGCAGAGGGGCUAAAGCAGUUGAGGGUAACCAAUGGGCUUCAAAUCUGUUGAUGAGUUGGGCAGUGCCCAUCCCAAGCAUGUGCAUGAGAACGUUUCUGUUCCAACUACCUAAAGGCAGCCCAAGCAGGUGCUGUGAAGUGCUUCAGGCUUUUUCAUAUAUUGAAGACACCAAAGUCCGCCACUGCAUCCCAGGCCAUCACGUCACCUUAACUUUUAUCUUACCUCUGGACUUUGAUAACUCUGAAGACUUUCCUUUUGGGACUUAUCUCUGCAGUCCAUGGUGCUUCUCUCUCCAGAAGGAAGAUCUUGUUUGGCAACUUUAGCCCCAGGGAGAUAAGGUCCCCAGAUCACAUCCCUGAAAGAGUUCUUCUGAGCAGGCUCCAGUGGAUUCUACUCUCAGGUGAAUUUCAUGACCAUAUCCUUGAAGGUCAUUGCUGAACUUAAUUGUGAGGAUGGCUGGAAACAUACCCUUCAGAAGGAUAGGCUGAGCCCCUCCACUAGUGUACCUUCCCUCUCAGUUCACCUACACUUUAUUCCCCACUGCACUUUUCAGUCUGGCGACAUUGGUCUUCAUCCUGUUGAUUUCAGAAGCCCUGGAGGAGGGAAAGGGGAAGGUCUUCUUGCCCUACUGCUCAGCUUGAAGAGGACCAAGACAAGAAGAAAGCCUGGAACCCGAGGGAAUGGUUCCUGGAACCCAAAGAUGCCCAUGGCAGGAGUCACUGACAUUCAGGGAUGUGGCCGUGGACUUUACCCAGGAGGAGUGGUUCCUCUUGGACCAUUCUCAGAAAAAGCUCUAUAAAGAAGUCAUGUUGGAAAAUUCCCAGAACCUGCUCUUUGUAGGAAUUCCAGUUCACAGAGAAAAUUUGAUCUCCCAUUUUGAGGAAAGGGAACCAUCCUGGAUCCUGGGUGAAAAGGGCUCAAAGAAUUUCUGUCCAGGUGCAAAGACAAGGUUUGAAGUGACUAAGAGUACUACAAACCUGAGGAUUUCUGUGGAAGAGUCUCACCAGCAAAGAUUCAUGAGUGAUGGUCCCUAUGACUUCAAUUUGAGAGAACACUACAAUUCAGAUAUCAAGAUAGAGAAAAAUCACAAUAAUCACUCUGCAUACGAUAAAGAUGGAAAGAGUUUUAGACAACACUCAGUCCUAAUUCAGUUUAAGAAAAUGACCUCAGGAAAUGAUUGUUUUCAAUCUGAUGAAAAUAAGGAAUGCUUUACUGGAAAGGUUCGACUUAUUCAGUCUUAUGAGGAACCUCCUGAAGUGCAAACAUAUCAACGUAAUCAAGGGGAAAUGGCCAGCAGUUUAAGUUCAGAUCUCAACAGACAACAGACAUGUCACCCUGAAAAAGUGCUUUAUUUUUGUAAUGUUUGUGGGAAGGCCUUUAGCCAGAAUCGAAAGCUCACUGACCAUCAUAGAAUUCACACUACAGGAAAACCUUAUGAAUGUAAUCAUUGUGGAAAAGCAUUCAGGCAGAAUGUCAGACUAGCUCAACAUCAGAAAAUCCACACUGGAGAGAACCCUCAUCAAUGUCAUGCCAGUGCAAAGACUUUCAGAAAGAGAAUCAAUCUUGGUGAACAUCAGAAAAAUCAUAGUGGAGAGAAGCAUUAUGAUUAUAAUCAAUGUGGAAAGGCUUUCCAACAUAGUUCGUGUCUUGCCAUAAAUCAGAAAAACCACACUAAUGAUAAAUCUUCUGAAUGUUGUAAAUGUGGCAAAGCUUUUGGUGAACACUCUUCCCUUAUUUCACAUCAGAGAAUCCACACUGGAGAGAAACCUUAUGAAUGUAAUCAGUGUGGAAAGACUUUCACACAGAAUUCCCAUCUUUCUAAACAUCAGAGAAUACACACUGGAAAGAAACCUUAUGAAUGUAAUCAGUGUGGAAAAACUUUCCGACGGAACUCCAGUCUUGCUGUGCACCAGAGAAUUCACACUGGAGAGAAACCUUAUGAAUGUGAUCAAUGUGGGAAAUCUUUCAAAGAGAACUCCAAACUUGCUGUACAUCAGAGAAUCCACACUGGAGAGGAAACUUAUGAGUGUAAUCAGUGUGGAAAGACUUUCCAGUGCAGCUCUAGUCUUGCUGUACAUCAGAAAAGCCACACUGGAGAGAAACCUCAUGAGUGUCAUGAAUGUGGUAAAGCUUUUGGUGUAACCUCUUCCCUUAUUGCACAUCAGAGAAUCCACACUGGAGAGAAACCUUAUGAAUGUCAUCAGUGUGGAAAAGCUUUCACUCAGAAUGCCAAUCUUCUGAAACAUCAGAGAAUCCAUACUGGAGAGAAACCUUAUGAAUGUCAUCAGUGUGGAAAAGCUUUCACAGAGAACUCCAGUCUUGCUGUACAUCAGAGAAUCCACACUGGAGAGAAACCUUAUGAGUGUAAUCAAUGUGGAAAGGCCUUCACACGGAAUUCGAGUCUCGUUGUACAUCAAAGAAUUCAUACAGGAGAGAAACCUUAUGAUUGUAAUCAGUGUGGAAAGGCUUUUACAGAGAACUCCAAACUUGCCCUACAUCAGAGAAUCCACACUGGAGAGAAACCUUACAAAUGUAAUCAGUGUGUAAAGGCUUUCCCCUAUAGGGCUCUUCUUGCUUACCAUCUGAAAAUCCACACUGGAGAAAAACCUUAUCAAUGUAAUCAGUGUGGAAAGGCUUUUACACAAAACUCUAUGCUUGCUGUACAUCAGAGAAUCCACACUGGAGAGAAACCUUAUCAAUGUAAUCAGUGUGGAAAGUCUUUUACACAGAUCUCUAUGCUUGCUGUACAUCAGAGAAUCCACACUGGAGAGAAACCUUAUGAAUGUAAUCAGUGUGGAAAAACUUUCCGACAGAACUCCAGUCUUGUUGUACACCAGAGAAUUCACACUGGAGAGAAACCUUAUGAAUGUAAUCAAUGUGGGAAGGCUUUCAAAGAGAACUCCAAACUUGCUGUACAUCAGAGAAUCCACACUGGAGAGAAACCUUACGAGUGUAAUCAGUGUGGAAAGACUUUCCGGUGCAGCUCUAGUCUUGCUGUACAUCAGAAAAGCCACACUGGCGAGAAACCUCAUGAGUGUCAUGAAUGUGGCAAAGCUUUUGGUGAAAACUCUUCCCUUAUUGCACAUCAGAGAAUCCACACUGGAGAGAAACCUUAUGAAUGUAAUCAGUGUGGAAAGGCUUUCACACAGAAUUCCCGUCUUUCUAAACAUCAGAGAAUCCAUACUGGAGCAAAACCUUAUGAAUGUCAUCAGUGUGGAAAAGCUUUCACAGAGAACUCCAGUCUUGCUGUACAUCAGAGAAUCCACACUGGAGAGAAACCUUAUGAGUGUAAUCAGUGUGGAAAGGCUUUCACACGGAAUUCGAGUCUCAUUGUACAUCAAAGAAUUCAUACAGGAGAGAAACCUUAUGAAUGUAAUCAGUGUGGAAAGGCUUUUACAGAGAACUCCAAACUUGCCCUACAUCAGAGAAUCCAUACUGGUGAGAAACCUUAUGAAUGUAAUCAGUGUGGAAAAGCUUUCAAAAGAACUCCAGUCUUGUUAUACAUCAGAGAAUCCACACUGGAGAGAAACCUUACAAGUGUAAUCAGUGUGGAAAAGCUUUCCCCUAUAGGGCUCUUCUUACUUACCAUCUGAAAAUCCACACUGGAGAGAAACCAUAUGUAUGUAAUCAGUGUGGAAAGACUUUCACAAGUAAGUCCAGUCUUGUUAGACAUGAGAGAA